GCUCUUAUAAAAGUUCAUCACAAAAUCAAACACAAUUUCACUUAGAACAUGGUGAAUUCUUCAGAAAGAUAUCGCUUCGGUUCGGUCAAAAUGUCUACCACCAUAAACGUUAUGGUCGGUCUCUUCCUCGUGACGUGGCUCAGUAGUUCAUGCAAUGCAGCGAGGACCAACGUGACGUCAUCCACGUACCGACCGUUCCCAGCGAUUCUGAUAUUCGGAGACUCAACGGUCGACACGGGAAACAACAACUACUUCUCGGCGGUGUUCAGAGCCAGUCAUCUUCCGUACGGAAUGGACUCUCCAGGUUACGCAGCGUCCGGAAGAUUCUCCAACGGGAAACUCUUUUCCGACAUCUUGGCCGAGAGGUUCAACAUCAAACGGAUGGUUCCUCCGUACUUGAAGCCGUUCCUGACGCCCCAAGAGCUCGUCUCGGGCGUCUGUUUCGCCUCCUCGGGAGCUGGAUACGACGAACGGACCUCGCUGAUUACUCGGGCGAUCCCUGUUUCCAAUCAGAUUUAUAUGUUCAAGCGUUAUAUCGCGAAGGUUAAGGGUAUAGUGGGAGAGGCUAAAGCCGCUGAGAUUAUAAGCAAUGCUUUGGUCCUGGUCAGUGCAGGUCCUAAUGAUUUCAUCUUCAACUAUUACCAAACCGCUAGGGCGUCUAGGCGGCUCCAGUUUUCUAACAUCUCGGGGUACCAGGAUCUCAUCCUCAACAAGCUUCAGGGCAUUGUUCGGGAGCUGUACAACCUAGGAUGCCGGAAAAUAGUGGUCGGAGGGUUACCGGUAAUGGGGUGCUUGCCGGUUCAAAUGACUAUGGAAAUCACGAAGCUAACCAACAGAACCUGCGUGGAAGACCAGAACAGAGACUCGGUUUCCUACAAUCAGAAACUGCAGAAUCUACUGCCUAAGCUCGAAGCCUCGCUCCCGGGAAGCGGGAUCUUGUACUCAGAUGUCUACAAACCCAUGAUGGACAUGCUCCAGCAUCCAUCCAAAUACGGGUUCAAGGAGACGAAGAAAGGUUGCUGUGGAACAGGGUUGCUGGAGACGACGUUCCUGUGUAAUGUCUUCAGUCGUACUUGUCCGAAUCACUCCGAGUACAUGUUUUGGGACUCGAUUCAUCCCACCGAAGCUGUAGCCAACUAUUACGGUCAGUUCAUAGAGCCUCGGAUUCGUCGGAAAUUUCUCUCGGCCAAGGGACGCUAACCAACUCAAAGGAUUC